AAGUUGUUUAGUGAUAUGAGAAAGUAAAACCAAACCAGGAACAAACUCCGUAUGAUCUCUUAUCUGUUCACUCUCCUGAGAACAGUGUUGAGCAUCCGUGUCUUUCAGAGAUGAAGUUCAUUUGUUUGACCCUCCUGAUUAUUAGCGGAGCUACAGAUUCAAGAUCAGAUGUUGUGGGACAUCCUCCAGUGAUCACUGUAGAUGGGUUUGAUCGUUCAGGAGGGUUUCAUCUACAGUGUGAAUCUGAAGGUUGGUCUCCUGAACCUGAUCUUGAGUGGCUGGACAGUGAAGGAGUCAGUUUGAGUUCAGAAACUACAGAGACACACAGAAACGCAGACCGAUUCAGUGUCAAACACACCAUCAUUGUUUAUCACAGUGGCAAGAUUCACUGCAGAGUCAAACUGAGACAUCACAUGCUGGAGACACUGAUCAAUACCACAAGUAGCAUGUUUAAUCUCUGGUGGACAGCAGCCAUCCUGUUUUCAGUUAUAGUUGUGCUCAGUGGUUUUGCUGGAAUACUGUUAACUGUGUUCCUUCAUAAAUACAGAGAACACAAUCAACUACAGACUGAGAACAGGAGAAUAAAACAUGAACUUGACAAACUUUUACAGAGUCAGAAGAUACCAAAAGGGAAUGCGACUCUGGAUGCCGAUUCAGCUUCAUGUCUCUGUGGGCCUGAAGAUGAGAAAGAAGUGAUACAUGACAACACCGCACCAUUAGAAGCAUCUCCUGGCCAGGAACUUCCUAAUUAGCUGAAAAGACAUCUGACCGACGUGCUUUUAAGUUUGACUUCUAAAACUGAUGAUAAUACAAAAACGUAUGCAAUGCAACAAGAUACUAAUUUACAUAAUGGCACAAUGUUUUGUUAAUAAACGAGUCCAAAGGAAAUAUGUACAAUAUUGUAGGCGAUUCAAUUAGAAACUAAAUUUGUGUAAUAAAUAUAGGCGAGGGAAUACUUAAUGCAAGUUCACGGUCUUAAGUAAGUUAACUCUGAGCAUGUAAAUGUUUUUAUCAUGCAUGUAUUGAACAAUACCUAAAUGUGAUGGUAAAAUACACCAAAAAUAUUGUCUAAAACUCAAAUGAAUGUUUGUGUCAGCCAUGGGAAAGUUCAAUAUUUUGUUAUUCCUAUUCUUGCCAGAUGGUGGCGCUAACUAUUUACUUUUAAUUGGUUAAGUCUUGAUUGUUUUAAUCCAGCGUAUUUGCUGUCCUCGCUGAUUAUCUGUAUUUACACUGAAGCAAUUGGUUAUAAAGGUCUGAUUUUUUUUUUUCAUAUUGUAAAAAGAUUGUAAAUAUUGUGAGAUUGUAAUGAAAAUAAUAUAGUAUAUAACUUCUAUAGUCCAUAUGUUAAUAAAUCAUCAAAUGUUAACUUUUAGAUUCUUAGAAUUCUAAAAAAAGAACAAAAAUUAUGAUGACAUUUUCAAGCCCCAUCUGUACCUGUGUUGGGAAAUAGGGGUCACACAGGGGUCAACUGGUGUCACAUUAUUCCCAUUAUUAACAAAACUGGAUUGAUGGGAACAUUUGAUUGGAAAUGAUUGGACGAACAUAUUUUGGUAUUGACACUUUCACAGAAGAUAUAUAUAUACAUAUAUAUAAUCACUUUUAUUAUUGAUUGAUAUCAGGAUGUGAAGAGAGUUUCAGCUAUAGUAUAACUAAAAGUGUUCAUGAAAAACAUUGCCUAUACCUUUAAGUAAUUUUCUCCAUGCAGUAUUUAAAUUUUUGUUUAUAAUGCUGUAAAAUUACUACAAGUUGUGAAUAAAACAAGGAUUGUGAGAA